UGCCUGGGCCCUGUCAGGUCAAUGGGAGUUGGCCGCGGGCGCGCGCCUCACAGGCUCGUGUGCGUCUCGCGCCGGGUGGGCGGUUUAACCGUCGCUCUCGCGGCUCCGACGCCAUUUUGCUCUCGCUGCUUCAGGCGAGGCGGCCGGCCGGGCUGGCCUGAGGGGACUGCCGGCCCGCUGCACUAUGGAGCCCUGCCCGAGAGGAGACCGCAACGCCGCUAGGAGAUCCCGAGCUUCCGCAGGCAGCAGCUGGAUUCCGGCGCCGGAGAAGCGGCCGGGCCGCAGGGAGCGCUGAGGAGCCCCGCUAUGGAGCCGAGGAAGCGGGAGCAGGCGAGCCCCGGGCUCGGCCAGGCCAGCUCCUGGUUAGGACUCACCUGGCUGAAGCCCGGCCCCUGUCCCCCGGCUCCAGACGUCGCGGCCCAGCCCCAGCUCAGCGCCCCCUUUUCCUGGCUGCGGCUCUUCUCGCAGCUGCUUUCCCCGCUGCCCGGGCUCCUCCACCGGCUGCUGCCCGGCCAGGGGCUGAGCAGCGCCCUGUGCCCCGCGGCGGGGGAGCCUCCCGCGGGGGCAUCUCAGGCCGCGAAUCUUCUGCUGCUGUCCGAGGCCAGCGCCUCACUGAGUUGGGCCGACGGGCAGCUGCACGGCGCCCCGGAGAUGCCCCGGAAGAGUAGCCUGGAGCCUGCCCAGCCGCUGUGGGGAGCUGGGCUGGUGCGGAGCGGCCUGGCCCCGCUCAGUGUCCGGCAAGUGGACCUGGUCUCCUACAUGCUGGGCCCCGGCGGCAGUCUGGGGUCCGGCUACGGCCAAGCCUGCUUCACCGACAACAGCCACCUGCCCCAGCCCUUGAGCGCCGAGCUCCCCGCGGACGGCUGGCGGGGACCCCCAUCGCGGGAGGGGCUGCCGGAAAUCCAGCACCUCCGCACCAAGCGCCUGGAGUUCCUCCAGCAGCAGCAGCUGGCGACUAAUUGCUUGGCCGUGCCUGACCCGGACCAUGGCUACCACAGCCUGGAGGAGGAACAGCAGCACAGGGGGAACAGCCGAGAGGAUCUAAAGCAGCAGGGUGAUGGCUGGGAGCUGAGAGGCCCUGAGGAACUGCCUGAGCACAGCAUAGUGGGGCAAGCUGGAGACAGCCCCUUGGAGCAGGAAGUAUGGCGUCCUGAGAAGGAGGCAACUGAGGAAGCGCCCAUCUCGGAAGAGGAUGAAGAUGAGGAUUCCGAUAGAGAGCAAGACCUGCCGGUGUCAUCCAGGCCUGCCUGUGCUAACAAACUGAUAGACUACAUUAUCAGGGGCAGUUCCAGUGGAGAGGAAAGUUCAGAGAGUGAGGAAGACUGGGAUGGGGAUGAUGAUGAUGACGAUGAUGGGUUUGAUAGCGAGGGGUCCCCCUCAGAUUCAGACUCUACUAGCCAGGAUAGUGAGAGCCAGCACCUCUGGAACUCCUUCUGCAGUUUGGAUCCUUACAACCCUCAGAACUUUACAGCUGCCAUUCGAACUGCUGUUAAUUCAGAGAAGGUUUUGUCUGGUGAGUCAUAUGUAGAGGAGGAUUCUUCAUGGGCCGAAAGCCUUCCUGGCUCUCCUGCCCUCGGUUCUGAAGAGGAUGAUGAAUGGGAGUGUAAUAGUGCAGAUGAGGAAGAUAAUUUGAAACUUUGGAACUCAUUCUGUAACUCAGAUGAUCCCUAUAACCCUUUCAAUUUCAAGGCACCAUUUCAAACUGCAAAAAAGAAAGGGAAGCCUGACUUAGAAGGAGCAUCAGGGCUGUGUUUGGUCAGCUCUCAGUGCAAUCUCUUAUUCACCUGCCAGGUGCAGCUAGUGGAGAACCAUAACUGUGGGGUCACAGAUAUUGUGCAGCAUGGCAUUCUUUUUGGAGAGAAACAUACAUGUACCAAGAGAAAAAAGGUAACAUUCCUUGAAGAAGUUACUGAGUAUUAUGUAAGCAGUGAAGAAGAUCGGAAAGGACCUUGGGAAGAACUUGCACGGGAUGGAUGCAGGUUCCAGAAACGAAUUCAAGAAACAGAAGAUGCUAUUGGAUACUGCUUAACCAUAGAACAUAGACAGAGGAUAUUUAAUAGACUCCAGGAAAUAUACACCCCUACUUCCAUAUAACACAACCCAAUAUAACAUGAAUUCAGAUACAACGCAGUAAAGCAGCGCUCUGGAGGGCGGGGCCGCGCACUCUGGUGGAUUAGCACGUCCGUGUGUCUGGCUCUGACAUGCAGCUCUGAGCGGCGUGUUAAGGAGGCUGGGCCGGGGUAGAGGGGUUGGAUAAGGGGCAGAGGGUCUCGGGGGGUGGUCAGGAAGCAGGGGGGGGUUGGAUGGUUUGCAGGUUCUGGGGGCAGGGCGGUCAGGGGAUGGGGAAUGGGGGCAUUGUAUAGGGCAUGAAGUCCCGGGGGGGCUGUCGGGUUGGGGGUGUGGAUAGGGGGUGGGGCAGUCGGGACAGGAAGCGGGGGGUUGGGUGGGGGUGGGGUCCUGGGAGUGAUUAGGGAUGGGGCGGGUCUCUGGAGGGGGUGAUCGGGACAAGGAGCAGGGGGGCUUAGAUAGGGGGGGUUUCUGGAGGGGUUAGUCAAGGGACAAGGAGCAGGGGGGGUUGGAUGGGUCGGGGUUCUGAGAGGUCAGUCGGGGUGGGAAGUGACUAUUAAUAACGGAAAUGCUCGAGGCCAAAGCAAGUUUGAUAUAAUGCAGUUUCGCCUAUAACACGGUAAGAUUUUUUGGCUCCUGAGGAACGCGUUAUAUCGGGGUAGAGGUGUAUUACCAAAUGUUUGAUGUUUUCUAGCCCCCUAAAUUUGGUACCCUACUGUUCCUAUAACAGGGAGCUAAGCAUAACUUUAAUACUGCUUCCAAAUAUAAUGAUCAGCCAAUAAAAUAUACCUAAUUA